UGAGCUAAUCCCCCGAUAUGUCAGUGUCGGACAUGGGACAAUUUAACCCUGUAGUUAUUUGACUCGUCGUUCUGCGGUGCUAUACAUAUAAUGCAAAGAAAACAUGAAAUAGCUCAGAUAAUGUACAUAUCAUUAUAGUUCUGCACAGUGGCAGCCACAGUGAGUCUACGCAAAAUAAAUAUUUCCCAUUUUCUCUUUGUUUAAUCUGAAUGAUUAAACUUGGUAUUACUGUAGACCGAGUGGGUGGGUGGAGUGAGUACAGUAUCUGCUGUAUAACAAGAAGAUGGCGAGCGGGGUUGGAAAACACAAGUUGCUCUCCAUGGGGCCAACGGAGCCAUGGUCGGUGAGGGAGAAGCUGUGCUUGGCUACCUCUGUCAUGAAGAGCGGGGACCAGAACUGGGUGUCUGUCAGUCGAGCCAUCAAACCAUUUGCAGAGCCAGGACGACCCCCUGAUUGGUUCUCACAAAAGCACUGUGCUUCCCAGUACUCAGAGCUCCUGGAGACAACAGAGACCCCAAAACGGAAACGUGGUGAGAAAGGUGAGGUGGUGGAGACGGUGGAGGAUGUGAUAGUCCGCAGGCUCACGGCAGAGAGGAUUGAUGAACUGAAGAGACUGAUCAAAGACACACAGGAGAAGCACAGGAAGCUGAAGACUGAGGCAGAGCUGAUCCAAGCCGGGCACCUGGACUCCAAGCUAGAGGAUCUAUGGGGAGAGAUUGUGCAGAAGAAGAAACAGGAACAGGACGAGGCAGACGUGAAAAGGAAGGUCACUGACGCAGCCUAUCUAGCCAGACAGGCGGUGAAGAACACCCCUAAAAGAGUGCCCAGUGUGACCGUGCGCUCUCCCCUGGGGUGCGGCUCGCCAAGCCUCGAGUUCUGCCAAGGGGACACACCCCAGAGCACACCCGAGGACCCCAGCACCUCAGUGACUGCACCAGGAGUAGCAGGGUUCAUGCCCCUGACUGAGGCCUGUGGGCUGGGUGGUGCAGAGUCAGGCCUGGGCACUCUUCUGGAUGAAUCCCCACAAAAGAAGCUCUUGGGCCAGAAAGCCACGCCGCCACCAUCCCCUCUCCUCUCUGAGCUACUGAAGAAAGGCAGUCUCCUACCCACAAGCCCCAGACUGGUUGGAGAUGGUGACCUGCCUGGUAAUAUGACAAUAGCACAUGACCUACAGCUCACAGGCUCUGUUCUACUUGGCAGUCUAGCAACAGGUGCCCCUACACUUUCUCGUCUGCUGGAGGCUGGGCCUCAGUUCUCAACUCCGCUGGACUCCUUGGCCAGCAGCACAGACUCCUCCAGUGUCCUUCUCACUGCUGCUUCACCCCCCACUAUGGACUCCCCCGCCUCACUACACACAGGAGGGAAUGAGGUGGGGGCCUCCCAGCCUGGCCCAGGGGAUGGGACAGAAGAAGACCUAGUGACGGUGUCCUACAUGGCAGAAGAAUUGGACCUGGAGACAGUGGGGGACAUCAUCGCCAUCAUCGAGGACAAGGGUGAUGAGAAUACUGAGGCUUUGGAUGCGGCUGCAGUGGAGGCUGCUCUGUCCCUGUGUGAGGAGACAGGCCAUGCCCUGUCUGGCCAUUGGGAGCCAGGGCCCUUCAAGUCCCCUGAGUCUGACCCUUCUGGGUCCUCACACCUCUCCUCCCUUGCUGGUAGUCUGGAGGUGAAGAGGGAGGUCCUGCAGUUACGGGGUGGGACCUCUGCAUGUGACAGCCAGGACAACUGUCCCUCAGGGUACCCACACCCCCUGGGCAUCAGCGGCCUUCCUUCCUCCUCCUGCUCGUCUAUGAUGCUGGAGCACAGCCAGGCUAUUGGGGCUCGUCUGCAGCCUGGGGCCAUGGGCGGGGCCGAUGGGGAGGGAAGCCCAGUCUCUCCUCACGCCACCAUCAGGUGUGAGAGUGAAGAGUGGACGCAGCAAGGAGCUGCACAUGCAGACUCCGAGGAUGGCCCCAUGACAAGAAGACAUUCCAAGAUGCAGAGGGACGUCCUGGAACAGAUUCAGCAGUUCCUGGCCACACAGCUCAUCAUGCAGACCUCCGAGUCUGGCGUCAGCGCCAAGAGCCUGAGGGGCCGAGAGAGCACCCGCAAGCAGGACCCCUCGGACAAGGUGUUCUGCUCAUUGGGACGGCACGGGGUGCUUUCUUUGCUGGCUUGGCCUUCCCUUUCAGUCUAUCUGUCCGACAACCUGACCACCACGCUCCUCUCUCCUCACCCCUCUAUCUCUCCUCCACCACUCUCUCUCUUCCACCCCAGGCCCAUGGACCUGUCCACCAUUAAGAAGAACAUUGAGACCGGUCUGAUCCGCACCACUGCAGAGUUCCAGCGGGACAUCAUGCUGAUGUUCCAGAACGCGGUUAUGUACAACAGCUGUGACCACGACGUGUUCCACAUGGCUCUGGAGAUGCAGAGGGACGUCCUGGAACAGAUUCAGCAGUUCCUGGCCACACAGCUCAUCAUGCAGACCUCCGAGUCUGGCGUCAGCGCCAAGAGCCUGAGGGGCCGAGAGAGCACCCGCAAGCAGGACCCCUCGGACAAGGACAGUGUCCCCAUGGCCUCUCCUGCCUUCCUUCUCUCUCUCUUUGAUGGGGGCACCAGGGGGCGCCGUUGUGCCAUAGAAGCUGACCUGAAGAUGAAGAAAUAAGCUGCAGGGAAGCAGCUGAAGACUGGAAUAAGUCUGUCUGAUUGGUGUCCUCCGUGGUCAUGUCCCACUUGAUUACGCUAACGAAGGACACCACAGUCGGGGUCAAUGUCGUUUCAUGUCCUGUCACUUCAAUUGGACAUGGCGUGUCUCGCUGAGAGAGCCAUUCCUGAAUUGCAGUUGAGAAAAACGCAACGACAGCUGGGCGAUAGACAAAAAUCUAUCCAUGAUAAAAAAAUAUCAUGAUAAAAUAGAAUACGUUUAUAACAUUAAUGUGCAGCAGUUCUUUAUUACCUUAACUACUAGUACUUUGAAUGUUGUAGCUAUCAAUUGUCCCAUUUAACUAUCACCCAUAUUAGCAGACUAAUUUAAUUUCAAACUUCACAUUUCUCCAGUAUAGGCUUAUCGUAAUGAAAGACAUCAGCAAAAAGUCCACGAUAAGUGGUCGGUUCAGUCGGUGUCGAUCAUUUCCGGUUUAUCGUCCCAGCUCUAAACUCAACCCCAGCACUGAGAAUCACUUAUACCCCAACUCCUGAAUGUGUCAACAGAAAACAUAGACCUUGCAUUGUGUAUGUCAAUUGUUUUGAAGUCCUCUGUAUAGUAUUGUACAGGCAUGUCCCUUGUGUACAUAUGGUGACCCAAUAAAUAUUUGUCGCAAGAUU